UAAGAAUUCCAAGUUGCUAUUAUACAAUUGGUUAUUUUAUUAGUUUUUCUCACCGAGCCUUCUUUUUGCCUCUAAAUGCUGUGCUAGCUUGUUAAGUUCAUCAAGAAUCUUGAGUUUGUGUGUCUGGAAACGUAUUGGAUAUGGCUUAUGCUGCUUUGCUUUCACUUACUCAAACACUAGAACAGAUCCUGGCUUUUGGCGAUGAAAUUCGAAUUUUUUAUGACGAGAAACAGAUCAAAUCUCUCCAUGAAAAGCUUAGCUUCUUGCUAUCAUUUCUGGACGAUUCUUCACCCAGAAAUACUGAAUCAAUGACAUGUUUAGAAGCUAGAAUCAGAGAUGCAACAUAUAAAGCGGAGGACAUAAUUGAAUUGCAUAUGUUAAUAGAGAUUCUCUCAGAGAUGCAACAUAUGAAGCGAGGAGUUAUCGGUUGUUUUGGGAAAAUAGUUGUGAUGCCCGUGUUCCAUAAUUCUGAGAUAUAUGAAGGCUUACGGAAGGUAAUAAAAAAGAUUGAUUCCAUUUUGGUAGAUGUGGAGAAGAUGAUGGGCAUGAAAAACAUAGAAGGUUCAUCAAACAUUGAUUCCAGUAACAAGAGUACUGUAGUGGGAUUUGAUAAUGACUCGAUGCAAAUUAAGGAUCCGCUCAGUGGACCACCUCCUAAAUUCAAAAGCACCUCAGUUGUUGGAAUUGAAGACACUGAAGAGGUGGUGAAUGCUAAUGACCGAAAUGACUUACUAGAUCUGGAACCAAGGAACUCUUUGCAUGCCACUUCAUCAAAAUCUGCUUCCACUAACAAGAAUUUCAUGGUGGGAUUCGAAGAUGACUUGCUCCAAAUUAAGAACGAACUGGUUGGGCUACCCUCUAGGUUGAAAUUCAUUUCAAUUGCCGGGAUGGGAGGCAUUGGCAAGACAACACUUGCAAGAAAUAUUUACAAUGAUUCAUAUAUUGAGUAUCACUUUGACAUUCGGGCCUGGAUAACUGUGUCUCAGGAAUAUCGUGUGCACGAACUGCUUCUACACAUUCUAAAAUCCAUGGGAGACCACACUGAUGAAAUGAUUCGAAUGGAAACAGACGAAUUGAAACUACAAGUAUAUCAACGUUUGAAGGGCAAUAGAUAUCUCAUUAUUAUGGAUGAUUUGUGGGAUGACAAAAUCUUAGAUGAAUUUAGAAGGAUAUUCCCCGAUGACAAUAAUGGAAGUCGGAUAAUUUUGACUUCUCGGCUAUCCAAUGUCGCUGUUAAUGCCGAUUGUUCUGCCUGUAUACACAAUCUGAGUUUUCUAAGUCCCAAACAAAGCUGGAGUCUUCUGUGCCAGAAGGCCUUUCGGAACGAAUGCUGUCCCCCUGAACUCGAGGAAAUUGGAAGGAGAAUAGCAGAAAAAUGCAAAGGACUUCCACUUGCACUUGUAGUCAUUGGUGGUGUCCUCUUCAAAGCGGAGAAGACACGAGCCAAUUGGGAGUAUGUUGCUGAAAAUGUGAAAUCUGCAGUAACUGGAAAUGAUGAUGAUUUCAUGGAAAUACUGUCUUGGAGUUACAACCGCCUGCCCCAUCGUCUUAGAGCAUGCUUCCUUUAUAUGGGAGUUUUCCCUGAAGAUUAUGUGAUCCGUGUCUCCCAUCUUAUCAGACUAUGGGUUGCUGAGGGAUUUUUAAGGCCAAAUACGCAUAAAAGUUUGGAAGAAGUGGCAAAGGAGUAUUUGGAAGAGCUUAUUGAUAGAAAUCUAAUUAUGGUUCGUGACGGG